AUGUGUAGAUCGGAUUUGAGAAGUGAAGAAGGAAAAAUCGAUGCUGGAUCAUCAACACUUACAUCAAUCGCCGUUUUCAGUGGACUCCAGGCUUUGUGGUCGAUGGGAACAGCAGAGAAGGAAGAAAAUGAUGGGAAAAGGGAGGACCUAUGGGGUUUGGCUAGACCGAAGGAAGAAGCAACGAAGCUGCGGUGGCCUUCUGUGGGUGCAGAUGGGAGUUGUAGGGCGGCAGUGGGUCGUCUAGGGUGGUCGCAGUCGGCAUUUCCGUUUGCUUUUUUGAUGUUUGUUUCUGUUUGUUUUUCUUGUUUUAGACAGAAAUCAAUAGAGGGAAAAGAUGGGUGUUUGGGUUUGUUGUUUUUACAAGGAAGAGAACAUGAAAUUGGGGCUAUUGACCAUUGA